GAGUUCCUCCAGGCCCGCCUUGGUUUCUUUGUGUUCAGCAGCAGAAGCAGCGGCGGUGUGAUGAUAGUCGACGGCUCGGAGCUCAGUUGUUAACAUUAAUUUCCUUCACACAGCGGUCUAUCUGACUCUUCGUCUCGCUCCUCGUCACUGAGCGCUACCGCAAUGUCGCUGAGAUCCGGCCCGGAGGCGGGUUUCUCCAGCGAGGAGCUGCUGACCCUGCGCUUUCCGCUGCACCGUGCCUGCCGCGACGGGGACUUGCCCGCUUUGUGCGCUCUGCUUCAGGCCGCGCCCCGAGAAAACCUGACUGCCGAGGACUCUUUCUACGGGUGGACGCCCAUCCACUGGGCCGCGCAUUUCGGAAAGCUGGACUGCUUAAUGCAAUUAGUGAGAGCAGGAGCUACUGUUAAUGCCUGUACAACACGUUUUGCCCAAACACCAGCCCAUAUUGCUGCGUUUGGAGGACAUCCUCAGUGCCUCAUCUGGUUAAUUCAAUCAGGAGCCAACAUAAACAAACAGGAUUAUGUUGGUGAAACCCCUAUUCACAAAGCAGCCCGGUCUGGUACUAUGGAGUCUAUAAGUGCCCUUGUGGCUCAUGGAGCUCAAAUAGACUUGAGAAAUGCCAGUGGCCUGACAGCAGCAGAUCUUGCAUAUACCCAGGGCUUCAAGGAAUGUGCUCAGUUGCUCUUGAACCUCCAGAACUGUCCACUGAACCAUUUCUAUUGCAAAGGCACUUUAAAUGGGGUCCAUCAGAAUACAAGCCCCAGUCUCCUCGGUAGAGGCAUAAGUCGAAAACGAUCCUUUGAAGAUAUGGACAGUGUCGGAAUGAAGAAAGCUAGAACUGAAGGUCAAAGUUUUGGUGGAUUAAUGUCCAUGACAAAUGGAGGAACUGAAGAUGACGUGGAUAAUAUGCAUGUUGAUAGAGAGUUUCCUGUUAUAUCAGAUAUGAAUUGCAGUAACUCCAUAUUGAAUGCAUUGACAAAUGGACAUAUCGUCAAUGGACAUGUGGACUUCACUUCCUCACCUCAGCUCAAUGGAAUGAGUGCCAGGCAUGAAGAAUGCCUAACAUUGAUAGUACCUAAUGCACUAGCUUCUGCUAACAAACAUACAGUCAAUGUUGGUGUUGAGGAACCACAAAUGGUUAUAAACACUGCUUCUGAUAUGUGCGGUUCUUUGCAUCUGAAUGGAAGCCCAAGUAGCCUUGUGUCAAACAGGCCGUCAUGGGUGGAUGAUCUUGGAGAUACAUUGCACUAUGGACAUUACCAUGGUUUUGGGGAUACUGCUGAAAGUAUUCCUGAACUUAACAGUGUUGUUGAGCAUUCCAAUUCUGUUAAAGUUGCACAGAAAUAUGAUGAUACUGUCUUGGGUACAAUGUAUCUUUAUCAUGGUUCCUAAGUUGCCAGCACCACAUUUUGUGGAUGUUAAACAUGUUUUGGAAAAAAAUACUACUAAACAAUGUAAUUUGGGGGGGGGGGAGGUAUCAUCUGAAGGAUGCAGCAAGUAACAGUUUUUACACUUCAUAGCCUUAUGCUUCUAGUUUUGCAUGCACAGGAUGCAUUAGUUAUAUGAAUAGGUGCUUUUUCAAUAGAAUGUUUGGUCUUUUUUAUGACAAGUUCUAGUUUUGUACUUUUUUAUUUCUAAGGUAUAAAUGCUACUUUAGAAAUUUUCUUUUCACUUUUAAAACUAAACAUUGAGGGAAGAAGUUCAUUUUUGAUAUUAGCAAAGUACAAAUUCUCUGCUUUAAGAUACUCUGUUAAGACUAUGGUAAGCAAUAUCAGUGCCAGCUAUGACUAUGCAAGGAGUGGGUGGUGACAGUAAAAAAAAAUGAUGUAACCUAUUUGCUUAUUUCUCACAAGAAGUUGAUUUUCUUUUAAUAAGUUAAUAAAUUAGCUACUUAAAACACAAUAGUGAUUGGAUAAUUCUUGACAUGCUUUAUUUCAUACAGUUAUAAUUUGUUUUGUAUUAUAAAAUUGGGAAAAUAAAUUCCUAGUAUACAACUGAAAGCAGAAACUGUGGGGUACUUUGUUACUUUUGCUUUGCUACAGACAUGCAUGCUAUCUUACCAUAGCUCACAGAAUGGCAUGUUGGCACUGUUUUACUGUGUAUGUGAAUGACAAAAACUGUUACUCGUUGAAAUGUCUGGUCAAUAUAUUUCAGCUUCACGUUUUGUUACAUGUUUAACAUGGACAUAUUUUCUCUUUUUUUAAGAGGGGGAAAAUACUGCUUUGAAAUGUUACAUAUUUUCAGCCUAAAGUAGGGGCUGUGUUGUUGUUUUAACCAAAAUUCAAUAGAAAUAUAUUGUUCGAAGGGUGAAUAGAUUUUAUAUGCAGAAUAUGUACGUGUGCACUGCAAAAGCUUUGUAAUAUUACUUUUAUGAUUUUGGGUAAAAUUGAUGGAUGAAGAAAGUGUUGAACUAAAAGCAAACUGUUAACUUGUGUUUGUAACUUUUUGUUUCUAAAGGGACCUUUACAAAUUGAAUUUAAAAUAAACAUGCAUCUUGCAUUUUAGUUUAGUAUUUUUGUCCAGCGGCAAUACCUGUCUUCUGUUUGUCAUUUGGAUGCUAAAAGCAUUUCAGUAUGACAUGAGAUUAAGUGAAAUGUAUAGGUUACUCAUUUAGUUGUAAAACAUAUAGUUGCAAGAAGCCAUUUAUGGCCAGUGUCUUGUUUCUCCUCCAUGAAUUCUUUUCUCUUUUGCAAAUGUUGAAUUUAUAUCUUGGCAUUCCUGCAUUUAUUCACAUUGAUAGGUGAUAACUUUUUUUAAGUAGCUUAUAUCUGGCUCCAUGGUUCCAGCUCAAGGUUUACUGUCUCUAGCAAUUAGGAUCAAAGUUAUUAGAGCACAUGGAUGCAAUUAAUCAAAUUCAGCAUUUAUUAAGGGAAGAAAGUUUUUUUAAAAAACUACAAAAUCCCCUGUUCUGAAAUGAAAUGCUGCACAGCACAGUAAGGGACAAAGCUGAAAUAAAAAAAUAUUGUGACAAUGUUGAACCAAAGAGGGUCUUAAUGUAGAUCACUAGCAAAAUGUCAUCCUGUAUACUUUUGACUGAAAACAUGCAUACACAUAUGCACACACAAUCUGAGAAAGACCUAAAAGCUAUUUGGGUAAUAAAUAUCUUUGGUAUUCAGUACUAUUAUUAAAAUUGCUGUUGUGAAUUAUUGAAAAACAAAUAAGCUUCCAACUUCAAUAUAGUGAAGAAUAUCUUGAAUUGUAUUGUUUUCCUGAGAAUAAAAAGGA